AUGGCGUCCGCCCUUGACAUGAUCCAGCAAUAUGUGCAAACCGCCCUAAUGCAAUUACCCGUCCCUGCACAACAAUUGUUGCAGAACCCGAUCGCCCAGAAAGCUGCUGGUGCAGUGGUGGCCCUCGGAGCUGUGCGCUCAAUCAACAACUUCCUGACACAACGGACCGCCAAUAACUGGGUUUCAAGCGACCCAUGGGACCCCUCCCGGGAGCUCAUUCUCCUAACCGGAGGAUGCAGCGGUAUCGGCAAGCAGGUCAUGGAGGACCUAGCGCACACAGGCGUGCGUGUGAUCAUCCUAGAUAUCAACGAGCCCAACUUCAAGCUCCCGGCCAACGUAUCCUUCUACUGGGCCAACAUCACCAAUUCGGCGAACAUUGCAGAGGUCGCCAAGGCCAUCCGGAGCGAGCAUGGGGAGCCAACGGUGCUGAUCAACAACGCCGGCGUUGGCCACGAUGGCACUAUCCUCGAGGAGUCGGAGAAGCAAAUCAGAAACACAUUCGAGGUCAACACGAUCUCGCAUUUCCUCAUGGUGCGCGAGUUCCUCCCGGCCAUGAUCCGUGCCAACCACGGUCACGUCGUAACACUGGCUAGUAUGGCCAGUUUCGUUGGGCUGGGCGAAAUUGCCGAUUACUGCUGUACCAAAGCCAGUGCCCUGGCCUUCCACGAGUCCUUACGCCAGGAGUUGCGUCUGUACUAUAAGGCACCCAAGGUGCGCACAAGCAUCAUCCACCCCUUCUGGGUUCGUACCCCGAUGAUCACGCUCCUGACCGAUUACGAGAAGGAAUUCGGCCAGCCCAUUAUGACCGUCAAGACCGUGUCAGACGCCAUCUGCAAGCAGAUCCUGACCCAGAACAGCGGUCAGGUGAUCCUGCCCGCCUCCAAGACAGUCGCCCGCCUGCUGCGAGGCCUCCCUCUGUGGCUGCAGGAAUUUAUUCGUGGCAAGGAAACUGAAAAGCUGAAGGCCACACGCGAUGCCCAGAUCCGGGCGGAGAAGGCCGCUGCAGAGCGCGCGAGCAAGAAAACAUAG